UCUGUCAAAAGGGGAAGAGAAGAGGAAGAGAAAGAGAAGAGAGAUUCAUAAUAUCAUCAAAGACAGCCAUGGGAGCUGUAGACAGUCCGAAGAAGCAGUCCUACUAUCACCCGCCGUCUCCGAGGGCGGCCGCGUUCAAGUUCAAGCUCAAGAUGGCCAUGCUGGUCCUCCUCACCAACCUCCUGACCCUCUAUCUUUUCUCCUCCGCGGGGCCUUCUCGCUUCGACCUUGGCCUCGGCCGCCUCUCUCUCCCCAUCGUUUGGGACGCCAACGCCUCCCUCGUGGCCCACCUCGACUCCACCCGCGCCCAGGUCGCCGCCACCCACUCCCGCCUGGCCGACUUGCACCGCCAGCUCGCCUCCUCCAACUCCCUGGUCGAGGCUCUCCUCGUCGAGCUCGCCCGCUCCGGUGGCCGCCCACAAGACGGCUUGUCCAUUGGCCCGGCUAAUGGUGAUAACCUGCCAGACGAGCUGAAGCUGGCCGUGGGCCCGCACAAGCUCCCGCUCGGCUACUCCCCGAGGAUGGGGUCUGACAUGGUGCACCCGCCGGUGGGGGUCGCGUGCUUGAGGUUCAAGGAGGAGCUGGCUCAGUACAUGUCGUACGACGUCGGGGGCGAGUGUCCCGUGGACGACGUGUUCGCGCAGCGCCUCCUGCUCAAGGGGUGCGAGCCGCUCCCGCGGCGGAGAUGCCACCCAAAAUCUCCUGCCAACUAUGUGGAGCCGACCCCGUUCCCGCAGUCCCUCUGGACGCCGCCACACGAUUCGAGCAUCGUGUGGGACGCGUACACCUGCAAGAGCUACAAGUGCCUCAUCGACCGCAACAAGCAGCCCGGUUACUUCGACUGCAAGGACUGCUUCGACCUUGCAGGUCGAGAGAAGCACCGCUGGAUGUACGACAACGGCAUCCUCGACUACGGGAUCGACCAGGUCCUGGCCACUAGGCCCCGCAGGACGGUGCGCAUCGGGCUAGACAUCGGGGGCGGGAGCGGGACGUUCGCGGCCAGGAUGAGGGAACGCAACGUGACCAUCGUCACGACCACGAUGAACUUGGACGGCCCGUUCAACAGCUUCAUCGCAUCCCGAGGGCUCAUCUCGAUGCACAUGAGCGUGUCGCAGAGGCUGCCCUUCUUCGAGAACACGCUGGACAUUGUGCACUCGAUGCACGUGCUGAGCAACUGGAUCCCGGACACGAUGCUGGAGUUCACGCUGUACGACAUAUACCGGGUGCUGAGGCCGGGCGGGCUAUUCUGGCUCGACCACUUCUUCUGCGAGGGGCCGCAGCUGAAUGGGACGUAUAUGCCGAUGAUCGGCCGGGUCGGGUUCAAGAGGCUGAGGUGGAACGCCGGGAGGAAGGUAGACCGCGGGCCGCAGAAGAACGAGUGGUACUUCUCUGCCCUCUUGGAGAAGCCCAUGACAUGACUCCAUGCU